GGGUGCAUUUCCGGUGCAGUCUGCUGACGUUUCCGGUGUGUGCCGAGCCGGUGUGUGAGUGAUGAUGAAGGCACAGGACGGAGCGGGCUCUUUCCUCCUCUUCAUCACGCCUCUGCUGUUCCCGUAUGGCAGCGGCACCGAGCUGUCUGUGGUGACGUGCGGCUCCGUACUGAAGCUGCUCAACACUAAGCACAACGUCCGCCUCCACUCCCAUGACGUCAGAUACGGAUCAGGCAGCGGGCAGCAGUCAGUGACUGGAGUUACUGCCGCAGAUGAUGGCAACAGUUACUGGCGAAUCCGUGGAAAGACGUCAACCGUUUGUGAAAGAGGAACAUUGAUAAAAUGUGGACAAUCUAUCCGUCUCACACAUGUUAAUACAGGACGAAACCUACACAGCCAUCACUUCACAUCUCCAUUAUCAGGAAAUCAGGAGGUCAGUGCAUUUGGAGAUGAUGGUGAAGGAGACAUCUUAGAUGACUGGACUGUACUAUGUAAUGGCGAAUUCUGGCAGAGGGAUGAAGAGGUGAGGUUCAAGCAUACGUCAACAAACGUACUGCUAUCUGUCACAGGAGAACAAUACGGCCGUCCUAUAAAUGGACAGAGAGAAGUGCAUGGCAUGACCUAUGCAAGUCAGCAUAACUACUGGAAAGUAAUGGAAGGCAUCUUCAUGAAACCUAGUGAACCUCCACGGACUGACUUCACUCACACGGAGCUAUGAUAGCUGAACAGACUGUUUUCAAGUCUUUUAGUCUUCUUUUAUUAACCGUACAGUGUUGACCUCCCUGAAGAUUUCUCCAGGAUCCCACAAAGUUCACUUUGAAGAACAUUUAGCAGUGCAUCAUGGGGCACAGCUUUUAUGUUGCACCUUUGUGUCGGUAUUAUUAUUAUUUCAUAUUUUUAUGUAAUGGCAGCAAAGGGCCGGAUUGAUCCCUGAGCAUGAAUCUGCAGUAGAAAACAAAUCAUUAUGUAUUCUUGUCUCUGCAGCAAAUGGUUUUUAAACUUAAAGAAAUCUCAA